GUGCUUGGGGGCCAGCAGUCCCUCUUUCAACCUUCACUACCGAACUUGAAUCAGGAGGGGCACCUUCAACAAGCUCCUCGGUGUGCCGGCAGCUUAAUCAUUAAAGAAAAAACCGACAAUAGUCGCUACACACACAAGGCACCAUGUCCUUACUAACAGUCAGCAGGCUAGCGCCCAGGCUCCUGAACUCUAAGAACGCUGCUUGCGUCCUUGUCGCAGCUAGACACGCCAGUUCGUCGGCGAGCCUGAAGGAUGUCCUGGCAGACCUUAUCCCCAAAGAACAGACCCGGAUCAAGAACUUUAAACAGCAGCAUGGCAAAACUGUUAUCGGACAAAUCACAGUGGACAUGGUGUAUGGAGGAAUGAGGGGCAUGAAGGGGCUGGUGUAUGAGACUUCGGUACUGGACCCAGAGGAGGGAAUCCGUUUCCGUGGCUACAGCAUCCCAGAGUGCCAGGAGCUGCUUCCCAAAGCUCCAGGGGGAGAUGAGCCUCUGCCCGAGGGACUGUUCUGGCUGCUGGUUACCGGACAGGUGCCCACGCAGGAGCAGGUGAGCUGGGUGUCAAAAGAGUGGGCGAAGAGAGCUGCCCUGCCUUCCCAUGUGGUCACCAUGCUGGACAACUUCCCCACCAACCUGCACCCCAUGUCUCAGUUCAGUGCUGCCAUCACCGCACUCAACAGCGAAAGCAGCUUCGCCAGGGCCUACUCUGAAGGAGUCAACAAGGCCAAGUACUGGGAGUUCAUCUACGAGGACUCCAUGGAUCUGAUCGCCAAGCUGCCCUGCGUGGCAGCCAAGAUCUACCGCAACCUGUACCGGGAGGGCAGCAGCAUCGGUGCCAUCGACUCCAGCCUGGACUGGUCCCACAACUUCACCAACAUGCUGGGCUACAGCGACCAGCAGUUCACCGAGCUCAUGAGACUGUACCUCACCAUCCACAGUGAUCACGAGGGUGGGAACGUCAGUGCCCAUACCAGCCACCUGGUGGGCAGCGCGCUCUCUGACCCCUACCUCUCCUUCAGCGCCGCCAUGAACGGGCUGGCCGGGCCUCUCCACGGACUCGCCAACCAGGAGGUGCUGGUGUGGCUGACCCAGCUGCAGAAGGAGCUGGGAGGAGAGGUGUCGGACGAGAAGCUCAGAGACUACAUCUGGAACACGCUCAAGUCUGGCCGGGUUGUCCCGGGAUACGGCCACGCUGUCCUGAGGAAGACGGACCCCCGCUACACCUGCCAGCGCGAGUUCGCCCUGAAGCACCUCCCCAGUGACCCCAUGUUCAAACUGGUGGCCCAGCUCUACAAGAUCGUGCCCAACGUCCUACUGGAGCAGGGCAAGGCCAAGAACCCCUGGCCCAACGUGGACGCCCACAGCGGGGUACUGCUGCAGUACUAUGGGAUGACAGAGAUGAAUUACUACACUGUGCUUUUUGGGGUGUCCCGUGCCCUUGGGGUCCUCUCCCAGCUGAUCUGGAGCAGGGCACUGGGUUUCCCCCUGGAGCGCCCCAAGAGCAUGAGCACUGACGGUCUGAUGUCACUGGUGGGCUCCAAAUCUGGGUAACCAGGAUGACCCAAGGAGAGACACCCCGGGGAUUAAAGAGACAGUACGCUUUUAAAACAAGUAAAAGAAGGGCCUUCCGUAGACCGCUUAGGUAUUCCAAAACGAUCAGUA